AUGGAGAAAGAGAUUCGUGAUCUCCAUCUCACAAGUUACGUGACCCCCAGUGGGUUCCAGGAUGCUACCGAACAAGACUACAAGCAUGGAGAAAGCCAGCAAGAAAAAGAAGCUGAGCUUUUAGAAGCCAUGGCCAACACAAGUAUUAAAGGUGACACCAAAUUCAGCGAACACAUUGAGACCAAGUCGCUGGAUAGCGAUGAGCUCAGUGCGGUCGCUAACAAGAUGGCUGAGUUUGGCUUGCCAGAGACGGACGUGCAGUUUAUGUACAACAAAAUUUCCGAAAUGACUGUUGACCAAGCACGUGAGAUUCUUCUAGAUACGCUCGAAAAGCACCGUGACGAUCGUAAUCUUCCCGAUUCGACUCGCCAGCUUGCAGAGUCUCUUCUCAACGACGAGGAUGUCGCUCCUCGGGUGACUGAGUAUGAUCGCGAAUUUGCUAUGAAGGCUCAUGCUGCGCUCAUCUACUACCAUUCGCCUUAUCCUGAGGUUCGUGCUGUCACAGACCCUUACGAUAACGAGGACGAGCUUUGUGAGACUCCCCGGGCCUACGUCCUGGGUUUCAUCUGGGUUAUUAUUGGUUCUGGCGUGAAUCAGUUCUUUGAGCCUCGUAACCCGCAGUUCUCUAUUCCUGCUUCUCUAUUCCAGUUGCUCAUUCUGCCCUGUGGUUGGGUUUGGGCGUACAUCAUGCCCGACUGGGGCUUCAAGGUCUGGAACCAUGAGUUCCGUUGGAAUCCGGGCCCUUGGACGCCGAAGGAACAGGUCCUUGUCACUCUCAUGUUCAACGUCACAGCACAGCUGGCAUACAUCAACUCGCAGAUUUUUGUUCAGAAAAUGCCCUUCUACUACGGUAACAAGUGGGUUGAUGCCGGCUACCAGAUUACUCUGUUGCUCUCUACCCAGUUCAUGGGUUUUGCAUUAGCUGGUCUUAUGCGCUCAAUUUUGGUUUACCCUGCUCACAACUUGUGGAUGGCAAACUUCCCGACUUUGGCGUUGAACCGUUCGCUGAUGACUCCUGAUACUGGUGGAUCGGUUCACGGCUGGAAAAUCCCCCGUUACAGUUUCUUUGGCAUUGUAUUCGGAUGCACAUUCCUAUACCAAUGGCUACCCUCUUACUUGAUGCAGUUUUUGUCCACAUUCAACUGGAUGACGUGGAUUGCCCCUAGUAACUUCAACUUGGCUGCCAUCACUGGUUCCGCCUCCGGCCUGGGUGUUAACCCAAUCUCCACUUUUGACUGGACUAUUAUGCAAAUUAGUACCCCAUUGAUCACACCUUUCUUUUCGCAAACUACCCAGCUUGUCGGUGCUCUUUUGGCGGGUUGCGUUCUCAUUCCUGCUGUGUACUAUUCCAACAUGUACUACACUGGUUAUCUGCCCAUUAACGACAAUCACAUCUACGACAACACCGGUAAACGUUACAAUGUCUCUCUGAUUCUUUCUGGAAACAGUUUGUUUGACGCCAAAAAGUACGAAAAGUACUCUCCUCCCUACUGGAGUGCUGCCAACCUCAUUGUUUACGGUUCCUUCUUUGCUGCCUACACCUGUAUCUUUGUCCGCUCGUUGCUUUACGAUUGGCGUCCCAUGGUUGAAGGUUUCAAGGAGGUGUACGACAUGUUUAUGUUCCGUGGUAAAGGUAUUAAAGGCUUCAACGAUGCUCAGAGCCGGAUGAUGCACAAGUACCCCGAGACACCAUUCUACUGGUAUGUUGCUGUCUUGUUGACUUCUAUAGCUCUUGGUAUCGUCUCUAUCAAGUGCUGGCCCACCGAGACCCCAGUCUGGGGUAUCUUCUUCGCUUUGGGCCUCGGCGUUCUCUUCCUUGUGCCCAUUGGCUUCCUGUACGCGCAGACCAAUGCCAUGUUCAGUCUGAACGUAUUGACUGAGCUGAUUGCCGGUUAUGCCCUUCCAGGUCGGGGUAUUGCUUUGAUGAUUAUCAAGGCAUUCGGUCUUAAUAUCAACUUGCAGGCUAUCUAUUUCUUGCAGGAUCUGAAACUCGGACACUACGCCAAGAUUCCUCCUCGGGCAACCUUCCGUGCUCAAAUCACUUCGUCCUUCCUCGCCUCUUUUGUUGUACUUGGCGUCGUGAACUGGCAGAUCUCCAACAUUGAGGGCAUUUGUACCCAGGCUGUCGCCCACAGCUCUCGUUUCACUUGCCCCAACGAGACUACAUACUUUGCUGCCUCUGUUCUUUGGGGUGUGAUUGGACCCAAGCGUGUAUUCGACUCUCUGUACCCUGUGCUCAAGUGGUGCUUCCUCAUCGGUGCAGGUGUUCCUAUUCCCUUCUGGCUCUUGGACCGCUACGUCCCCGCCGCCAGACGUUACGUGCGCUAUAUGGAUCCUAAUCUGAUCAUCUUCGGUAUGCUCCAAUAUUUUGCACCUUACAACUUGGCCAUGAUUGUGCCAAGUUGGUAUAUGUCUUUGAUUUUCAUGCGCAUUAUUCGCACUCGUUACUUGGCUUGGUUCGAGAAGUACAACUACAUUCUUUCCGCUGCUUUGACCGCAGGAUCGGCUUUGAGUUUGAUUAUCAUUUUCUUCUCUGUACAGUACCAUCCGAAGGAGCUUUCUUGGUGGGGUAACGAUGUCCCCUACGCUGGCGUCGAUGGCGAUGGCUCGUCUGGCUGGCUGCCUAUCCCGGAGAGGGGCUACUUUGGUCCUGGUCCUGGCGAAUACAAGGUUUAA